AUGACAAGGCGCUGCAUGCCCACUAGGCCAGGUUUCCCCUCAUCCCCAGCCCCGGGGUCAUCGCCCCCGCGCUGCCAUCUGAGACCCGGUAGUUCCGUCCCUGCUGCAACGGGAAAAAGAACAGAGAGCCCUGGGGACAGGAAUCAGUCAAUUACAGAUUUCUUCAAACCAGCUUCAAAACAAGACAGCCAUAUGUUGGAUUCACCACAAAAAUCAAGCAUCAAAUAUGGAGAAAGUGGAUUGCCCUUUAGCAAGAAAGAACAAUUUGAAAGAAAACCAUCCUCACCAAAAACAUUGAAAUCCAACACAGUACCAACAGAAAAGAACCCUAGUUUAGAGUCAUUCAUGAAGGGUGUUAAAGAGCAUCAUAAAAAUCAUGGUGUACACGAAUCACGUCGACCUUGUGUGUCACUAGGCACCAAAUUGUCAAAGGGGGUUGCAAAAGUUUAUGUUCCUCCUUCAUAUGGCUUAUCAAAAGAGAUGAAACAACGGAAGAAAAAACAGCAGCAGUCUCCAGACAGAAGAAAGUCCAUGUACAUUCAUGAAAACAGCAGGAAGGAGCAUGAUAGAGAUGGAGACAAAACCAUUCCAGACUCCAAAAAGCAACACACAGUGGCAGAAGCUGACAUCAUGAAGAACUCCAGAAGCCUUAGCAGGAGCAGUCUCUCCAGACACCACUCAGGAGAAAGCCCUCUUGGAGCAAAGUUUCAGUCAUCUUUAGCAUCUUACUGCAGAGAAAGAGAAAAAAGGAAGCUGAGGAAGGAGCAAAUAAAGCAGAGACUCAACUCAGAAAAUUCCUUCUCAGAAACAAGCGACCUUUCCUUAAAUUCAGCUAAUAUAGGAAGACAAUUUAAACCAAGCCAUGAACAAAGCAAACAGAACAAUAUCAUACCUGGGAAAAGUAAUCUUUCUAAUCUGGAAAAUGGGCAUCUCUCAAGAAAAAGAUCCUCUUCUGAGUCAUGGGAGCCUACUUCAGCAGGCUCUAAGAAUAAGGUCCCUGACAAAAGAAAAAGGAACUCUUUGAAUUCAGAUUUGAAAAGCACAAGAGAAUCUAUCAUACCAAGAUCAAAAGAGUCUUUCCCUGAGAAACAUUCUGAUGGACCGCGUCGGAAAGAGCAGUUUAUAAAACACAUUGCAUUGAAGACACCUGGUGAUGUGUUACGUUUGGAAGAUAUAUCCUCCAAGGAACUAAAUGAUGAAGCUGAUCGCUCCUCUUCAGACUUGGCACCUUCAAACUCCAGCCACCAUUCUUGCAGGAAUAGUGACCAGAUCCGAGUGACAAGUACCAAAGAGACUAAAAUGCAGAAACCCCACAUAUCUUUACCUCAGGAAAAAUCUGCAGUUAAGAAACCAAGCAACCUUCAGAAACACAAAACUACUAGUUCUGUAACCUCAAAGGAGAUUAAUCAUCUACCUUCACUUUCCCAUUUUCCAAAUGCUGGUUCCUCUCGGGUACCAGUAAAUGCUGACAAUUGCACUCUUCUGGUCUCUAAGAAAGAUAAAGAACGUUCCUCAAAUAGAGAAUGUUCUGGGCAUUCUACAGAGUCCUCCAAACACAAGGAACACAAAGCAAAGACUUAUAAGGAUGAUUCUAAUGUAUCUUCAGGGAAAGUUUUUGGGGAAUCUUUGCAUUCAGAAUAUGGCACUCCUGCCAAGUCUCCUCCAGCUGCUUUGGAAGUUGUGCCAUGUAUCCCAAGCUCUACUCCAUAUGAUAAAGCCCCUGCAGAUACAGAGAGUUCAGGAAAUGCCAAUGCAGGUAGCAGUGCACUGAAAAGAAAACUAAGGGUUGAUUUUGAUAGUGAUGAAGAAAGUUUAGAUUACAACCUAGACACUGAUGAAGAAGAGGAAACAUUAAAAUCACUGGAAGAAAUAAUGGCUUUGAACUUCAGUCAUACCCCUGCAUCUACAGGAAAGUCUUCUGCUCCUCCCAAAGGACUUAGAUCUCAGUCAUCAGAUUAUACAGCACAUGUUCCUAGUGGAACUUACACAAAUACUUUAGAGCGUCUAGUAAAGGAGAUGGAAGACACUCAAAGGCUAGAUGAACUACAAAAGCAACUACAGGAAGAUAUAAGGGAAGGCCGAGGCAUUAGAUCUCCACUCAGAAUUGGGGAUCAAGACAGUACAGAUGAUGAGGAUGACCUCUUAGAAGAGCACAGGGAAUUUUUAAAGAAAUUUUCAGUUACAGUUGAUGCUAUUCCUGAUCAUCAUCCAGGUGAAGAGAUAAUUCAUUUCCUUGAUUCUGGAAAAAUUUUUAAUCAACAUACUCUGGAUUUAAGAAAUUCUGGUUUUGUUGGGCAAAGUGCUGUAGAAAAGCUUAUUCUUAAAUCAGGAAAAACAGAUCAGAUUUUUCUGACAACACAAGGUUUCCUUACUUCUGCUUAUCACAAUGUCCAGUGUCCUGUACCUGUGUUAAAGUGGCUAUUUCGGAUGAUGUCCGUUCAUACAGACUGUGUUGUAUCUGUGCAAAUUUUAAGUACAUUGAUGGAAAUAACAAUUAGAAAUGAUAUCUUCAGUGAUUCACCAGUUUGGCCCUGGAUCCCAUCAUUAUCUGAUGUAGCGGCUGUGUUUUUCAAUAUGGGAAUUGGUUUUAGGUCUUUGUUUCCUCUUGAGAAUCUUCAGCCAGACUUUAAUGAAGAUAAUCUAGUUUCUGAAACAUACAUAACUUCAGAGGGAAAAGGAACUGAAGAAUCAUCUUACAAGCCAAUUUUUUCAACUUUUCCUGAAACCAACAUAUUUAAUGUAGUUAAGUUUCUAGGCUUGUGUACAUCUAUAUAUCCAGAAGGAUACCAAGAUCGUGAACUGAUGUUGCUUAUUUUAAUGUUGCUUAAAAUGAGUUUGGAAAAACAGCUGAAACAGAUACCUCUAGUGGACUUCCAAAGCCUCAUGAUAAACCUGAUGAAGAAUAUUAGAGAUUGGAACACCAAGGUGCCUGAACUCUGUCUAGCCAUAAAUGAACUCACCAGUCAUCCUCACAACCUCCUGUGGUUGGUACAGCUAGUUCCUAACUGGACAUCACGUGGAAGACAACUGAGACAGUACCUCAGUCUAGUGAUUAUUUCAAAACUUUUGGAUGAGAAGCAUGAAGAUGUCCCUAAUAUCAAUAAUCUGCAGAUCUCAAUUCUCCAUCACUAUCUAGUGCAAAUGAAGCCUUCUCAUUUGCUGAAGAAAAUGGUAUCCAAGAAAAGAGCUGAACAACCCAAUGGCACUAUUGAUGAGAGUCUUCAUUUAGAACUGGAAAAGCAGGCCUAUUAUCUGACCUACGUUCUACUUCAUUUAGUUGGUGAAGUUAGUUGCUCUCAUUCUUUUUCUUCAGGACAACGGAAACACUUAGUUCGCCUUUGUGGUGCUUUGGAAAAGCAUGUUAAGUGUGAUAUUAGAGAAGACCCAAAACGUUUUUAUAGAACUAAGGUGAAAGAUUUGGUUGCCAGGAUACAUGGGAAAUGGCAAGAAAUCAUCCAGAACUGCCAACCUACUCAGGGGCAGCUUCAUGACUUUUGGGUACCAGAUUCUUAA